AGCAUUGAGAGUGUCAAAUUAAUAUGUGGAAAUUCUUGAAAUUGUUCCUUCUUCUUCUUCUUCUGCAGAAAUGCUGCAUGGCUGAAAAUGACAGAGAUGCAGUUUUGAAGAAACCCAUUGUUCCCCGGAAGAAUCUUUCUGGGAAACUCCCAAUCAUCAAAAGACUGGAGAUUUUGUCACAUGUAGCAAAUGACACAACCUCCGGCCAGCCAAAAGAUGGCGAUGGCGAUGGCCAUGAAAAGCCGGCAAAGGUGGCUCUUCCUCUCCUGAUAAUGGCUACGGUUAUCUUUUUCGUUGUUCUCCUUUUUAUUUCCAUCUAUUACUACAAGAAAUCCAAGAAUCUUGAAGCAGACCUGAUGGUGAUAAAGAAGCAGAAGCAGAAGAAGAAGAACAACAACAACAAUUUCACCCAAAACAGCAGAGAUCAUAGCCGCAGCAGCCUUAACCAUAGCCAAAACGGGGUGGAUCAAAGCGGAGAGAGGAAGAUUGCAGUGAGAGAACCCAUCAGCAUCACUGCAACAACAAUGUCUGAAGAAUCAACUGAGAGAUCCAACGGAGGAGAAGCUGCAGCUGCAGAUGCAGGAGGGAGAGGAAAGCUGACAUUUUUGGAUUCAGAUUUGAGGAUAGAGCUUGAUGAUCUGCUUAAAGCCUCGGCUGAAGGUCUGGGCAAAGGGAACUUUGGGAAUUGCUACAAGGCAAUGCUGGAAGAAGGGCCGACUGUUGUGGUGAAACGGCUGAGGGAUUUGAGAGCUCUGAGCAGAGAGGAGUUUGUGGCGCAUAUCAAAUCCAUUGCCCAGAACAAGCACCCUAACUUGUUGCCUCUUCUUGGGUAUUACUAUGCCAAAGAUGAGAAGCUCUUGCUCUACAAAUUUGCUACAAAUGGUAACUUGUACACCCGUAUUCAUAAAGCAAAAGGGACGAGAGAACGCAAUCCAUUCCGAUGGAACGCAAGAUUGUCGGUUGCGCGUGCGGUGGCACGAGCGGUGGAGUAUCUGCACCUCCAUUCCGCCGCCGCCGCCGGCAUUCCUCCGCACGGCAACCUUAAAUCAACCAACGUUCUCCUGGACGACAGCGACACCGUGCUUUUAACCGACUACGGCCUAGCUUCUCUGAUCGCCCCGCCGAUCACGGCGCAGCGCAUGGUUUCCUACCGGUCCCCGGAGUUCCAGACCUACAAAAAGGUGUGCGCGAAGUCGGACGUGUGGAGCUACGGAUGCUUGCUUCUCGAGCUCCUGACGGGGAGAGUUUCGUCGCAUUCGGCGCCGGCGGGAGUCAACGGCGCCGAUCUCUGCAGCUGGGUUCACCGCGCCGUGAGGGAGGAAUGGACGGCGGAGAUCUUCGACGCGGAAAUCUCGGCGCAGAAGAGCGCGAGCCAGGGGAUGCUGAGGCUGCUGCAAAUAGCUAUCAGAUGCUGCGAGAAAUCGCCGGAAAAGCGGCCGGAGAUGAGCGAUGUGGUGCGCGAAGUUGAGAUGAUUAGGGUUAAUGAAACGGAAGAUGAUGAAGAUCUAUCACUCACUGAUAAUUCUGCGUCGUCUCAAACUCCAUCACGAUAAGUACGAGGCCAUGAUUUAAUUUACACUGAUUAAUUAUGAUAGAAGAAUUGAAGAAUCCAUAGAGUUAACAUUAAUCACGAUGAUUAGCUAGCUAGCUUUUGGAUUCUUAGCUUCUUCUACCAUCAUCGAUCAUCAUUAUUAAUGUUACGUUGUUAUUGGUUUAAUUUUCUCAUAAUCCACAUGCAUAUAUCAUAUAUGCAUGAGACAUAUUUUGCUAUAUAUAUAUUGUUGUAAGUUUAAUUUCACCUUUGUUUAAUUUUCAAUAACAAAUUCAAGGUUGCCUUUUUCUUUGA